AUGGCUACCACAAAUGAUUUUCCCGCUAGCGAUGUCAACAGCUAUGACUAUAUCAUCGUUGGAGGUGGCACGGCAGGCUGUGUCAUUGCCAGCCGUCUGGCGCAGUACUUGCCCAACAAGCGUGUCCUUGUCAUCGAGGGUGGCCCCAGCGACUUCAACGAUGACCGGGUUCUCAAUUUGAGAGAGUGGCUCAAUUUACUGGGAGGAGAAUUGGACUACGACUAUCCCACUACCGAGCAGCCCAUGGGCAACAGCCAUAUCCGUCAUUCGCGCGCUAAGGUCCUGGGCGGUUGCUCCAGCCACAAUACCCUCAUCUCUUUCCGUCCUUUUGAAUAUGACUGCCAGAGGUGGGAACAGCAAGGUUGCAAGGGCUGGUCCUUUGAGACCUUCACCCGCGUUUUGGACAACCUCCGCAAUACCGUUCAGCCCGUUCACGCUCGUCACCGCAACCAGCUCUGCAAGGACUGGGUUGAGGCUUGCUCCACCGCUAUGAACAUCCCCAUCAUUCCUGACUUCAACAAGGAGAUCCGUCAGAAUGGUAAGCUUACUGAGGGCGUUGGAUUCUUCAACGUUUCUUACAAUCCGGACGACGGCCGCCGCAGCAGCGCCAGCGUCGCUUAUAUUCAUCCCAUCCUACGUGGCGAGGAGAAGCGUCCUAACCUGACUAUCCUAACCAAUGCCUGGGUAUCCCGCGUGAACGUUGAAGGAGACGCUGUCACCGGUGUCAAUCUGACUUUGCAGUCGGGCGUCAAGCACACCCUGAGAGCCAAGAAGGAGACCAUCCUGUGUGCCGGUGCUGUAGACACUCCUCGCCUAAUGCUGCUCUCUGGAUUGGGUCCUCAGAACCAGCUCAGCUCCUUGGGAAUUGAGGUGGUUAAGGACAUCCCUGGUGUCGGUGAAAACCUCCUGGACCACCCGGAGAGUAUCAUUAUGUGGGAGCUCAACCGCCCCGUGCCUCCCAACCAGACCACCAUGGACUCCGAUGCUGGCAUCUUCUUGCGUCGCGAGAUUCCUAACGCCGCCGGUUCUGAUGGCCGUAGCGCCGAUAUUAUGAUGCACUGCUACCAGAUCCCCUUCGAUCUUAACACUAGUCGCCUCGGUUACGACGCUCCUAUUAACGCUUUCUGCAUGACACCAAACAUUCCUCGGCCCCGCUCUCGUGGUCGUAUCUACCUGACCUCAGCUGACCCCAACGUGAAGCCGGCUUUGGAUUUCCGUUACUUCACUGACCCUGAGGGUUAUGAUGCUGCCACCAUCGUUGCCGGUCUUAAGGCGGCACGUGAGAUUGCCCAGCAGGCUCCCUUUAAGGAUUGGAUCAAGCGUGAAGUUGCCCCCGGUCCCAAGAUCCAGACUGAUGAGGAGCUGUCCGAAUAUGGUCGCCGUGUGGCCCACACUGUCUACCACCCUGCUGGAACUACAAAGAUGGGUGAUGUCUAUCGUGAUCCUCUGGCAGUCGUUGACCCUCAGUUGAAGGUCCGUGGCCUGAAGAAUGUCCGUAUUGCUGACGCCGGUGUUUUCCCUGAGAUGCCCAGCAUCAACCCAAUGUUGACCGUAUUGGCCAUUGGAGAGCGUGCUGCGGAGUUGAUUGCUGAAGAGGCUGGAUGGAAGCGUGAGCAGCCCCGUCUGUAA